AGAACUUGUGAGUUGUGUUGGCUGGACUUCAGCAGAUGAAGUGUACUCCUGCAGUGAAGAUCACCAGAUUCUGAAGUGGAACCUGCUAACUAGUGAGACUAGUUUGGUUGCCAAGCUUCCAGAUGACUUUUAUCCGAUUGAACUCCACUGGUUUCCUAAAACUCUGGGCUCCAAGAAACAGAACCAAGCUGACAUAUUCGUUCUUACUAGUACUGAUGGAAAGUUCCACUUAGUUUCUAAAAGUGGGCUCAUUGAAAAGAGUGUAGAUGCACACAAUGGAGCUGUGCUAUCUGGAAGAUGGAACUAUGAUGGUAGUGCUCUAAUUACAGCUGGGGAGGAUGGCCAAAUCAAGAUUUGGUCCAGGAGUGGAAUGCUGCGAUCUACACUUGCUAGCCAAGGUUCAACAGUGUAUUCUGUUGCUUGGGGCCCUGACUCAGACAGAAUUCUGUACACAUCAGGAAGGCAACUCAUUAUUAAGCCAUUGCAGCCCAGUGCUAAAGUCAUACAGUGGAAAGCUCAUGAUGGCCUUAUUUUAAAAGUUGAUUGGAAUUCAAUCAAUGACUUGAUAAUAUCAGGGGGGGAAGAUUGUAAAUAUAAGGUGUGGGACAGCUUUGGUCGGUUGCUUUACACAUCAUCUCCCCAUGAUUACCCAGUCACCUCUUUGUCCUGGGCUCCCGAUGGAGAGGUGUUUGCCAUGGGCUCCUUCAACACACUACGACUUUGUGAUAAAACUGGAUGGUCCUAUGCCUUGGAGAAGCCCAACACUGGAAGUGUGUUUAGCCUGGCCUGGUCUGCAGAUGGCACCCAAAUGGCUGGUUCCUGUGGUAAUGGACAUGUCAUCUUUGCUCACAUUGUGGAGCAGCACUGGGAGUGGAAGAAUUUUGUGAUCACCCUCACCAAGAGAAGAACCAUGCAGGUGCUAAAUGUGAUCGAUGAGGCAGUGGAUGUGUUAGAGUUCAGGGAUCGGGUCAUAAAAGCCUCACUGGCAUUUGGGCAUCUUGUCGUUGCCACCUCACUCCAGUGCUAUGUUUACAGUUCAAAAAACUGGAAUACUCCUCUCAUCUUUGACCUGAAAGAGGGAAAUGUCAGCCUUAUUGUUCAAACAGAGAAACAUUUUCUGCUUGUGGAUGGAGCGGGCUUGUAUAUAUUCUCAUAUGAGGGUCGACUUAUAUGUUCUCCAAAAUUUCCUGGGAUGAGGGCUGAUAUUCUCAAUGCUCAAGGCAUCUCUCUUAGCAACGACACAAUUGCUCUUCGAGAUAAAAGUGAUGAGAAAGUCAUAUAUCUCUUUGAUGCCCUGACGGGGAAAGCCUUUGGUGAUGGUAAACCAUUGACUCAUAAGAUGGAGGUGGUGGAUGUUGCCCUGGACCAGUGCGGCCCCUUGAAGGAGCGCAAAAUCGCUUUCAUAGACAAGAACCGUGACCUUUACCUGACCUCUGUACAUCAUGGACGACAACCCAAAAUUUGCAAAAUCGGUAGCAUGGUUCACUGUAUGCAAUGGAAUGAUUCUUCUAACAUCUUGUGCGGUAUUCAAGACAAUCAGUUUACGGUGUGGUACUACCCAAGUGUGGUGUUUGUUGAUAAGGACCUUUUACCGCACACACUUUAUGUUAAAGAUGGAAGUGAGUUUGCCCGGACACCACAUAUUUUGAGCUAUGUGGGCACCAAGGUGACAUUGCGCCAAGGGGAUGGUUCUUUGGUGUACAGCACUGUUACACCUUAUCCAGCCAUUCUCCAUGACUACAGCUCCUCUUCUCGCUGGGAGGAUGCACUGCACUUGUGUCGCUUCGCCAAAGACCAGUCUUUGUGGGCAUGUCUUGCUGGAAUGACUAUGGCUAGUAAAGAGUUAACAACGGCGGAGAUGGCCUAUGCUGCUAUUGGAGAGUUACCUCGUGUGCAGUACAUUCACUUCAUAAAGGAGCAGGCAUCUAAAGAGUCCUCUCUUGCCCAUAUGCUGCUGUUCAGUGGUCAGGUCCAGGAGGCUGAAGCAGUUCUGUUACAAGCCGGGCUUAUUUAUCAGGCUAUACAGAUCAACAUUGACCUGUUCAACUGGGAAAGGGCACUGGAACUAGCAGUCAAACACAAGACCCAUGUGGACACUGUGCUGGCAUUCAGAGAGAAGUUUCUCCAGAAGUUUGGCAGAAAAGAAUCUAACAAGAGAUUUCUUCAGUACGCAGAAGGGGUUGAAGUGGACUGGGAGAAAAUCCAAGUGAAGAUUGAGAUGGAGUUAUCCAAAGAGCGUGAGAGGGCAGCUAAUGCAUCUGUCAGAGGCAGCAUGGCCUCACGUCGAUAAUGUUUGUGGGACCUCAGCAUAAACUGUGUAAAGCUGUGUGUCUCUGAAGGUUUGUUGAUAUUCAAGUUUGGCACUGGGUCAUAUAUAGACUGGUGAGAGAUUUAGCCACUUAGAAGCAGCUGAUGAACAGAGCAGUAAGGGUAACCAAGCUUCUCAGAGAAUACUGUAUAAUGAGUAAUGUAAUGUAAUGAGUUCUAACCCUGAAUGUCAUUGAAAAGGAAAAGUACCAUUUCUGCAUCCUCAAAGGGCAUAUGACAUGGUUUCAGAUUUUCAAAUUGCAACUGUUUGGUGGUAUAAUACAUGGGGAAAAAUGUUAACAUAAUUGUAAACCAGGCAAGUGGUAGUUUGUGAAGAACAGCUGAAUUAUUCAGCAAGUACAGCUGAGUUCUAAAAUGCUGAUCAGUAAAUAACAAAAUGAUCCAUUCCAUUUUCUUCCGCUUAUCCGGGGUCGGAAAAUGAGCCAAGUUAGGUAAAAUAUACGUGCAGAAAAAACUGUUAUGUUACUUUUGCUAAAUCUUGAUUAUAAUAAUGUUAACUACGUUUUAGUGAAAUUAGUAGUCUAACCUGUCAUAUGCACUUUAAGGCCUUUUGUCACAAGUCAGAAUGUGUAUGUAAACAUGUCCUUUUUUAUUUUUAUUAGUUGUGUUGAUUGUUUGUUUUUGAUUUUCUGAAAGUGUUAUGUAAAAAUCUUUUUUUUUUUUCCACAUAUUUUUGCACCCUGCGUGUACAUAAAAAUACUAACUGAUAGAUUCUAAACAACACAACAACAAAAUAUAUUUUUUUUAUACAGUGUGUGAAUAUAAUGAUUUCAUGCUCAGUUCUUAUUUCAAGCUGUCCCUUAACCCACAGCUCCACCCCAUGGUUGGCUAUAGGCCAGCGCAUGUAAGACCAAUGUGGCACUUCUCUAAAUCAUGUGACCAAAGAAAGCGCUCAAAAGAUUUGCAGUUAUCCACACAGAAGCAAAACCUUAUAGGUUUUACUUCACUUCACCUGAGGUGAGGUGAAGGUGGACCAAGUGUUUCUUUUUCUGAGGAUUUUGUGGGUGGUAUAAAACAACAGCAAUGCCUCAGUCACUUUUAGAAAGGCCUCCUGAUUGCUCACUGUUAAUUUAUGAGCACUCUCAGGACAUGUGGGCUCAGGUUUCACAAUUAGUGGCUACACUAACUACAAUAUUCAUAAUUUACCUUUGUGGCUGCUGCUAACUCUUCUAUUAUGUGAGCAUUCUAGGGAAUCUUACCAAAAUUAAACCAUAUAAAUAAAUAAAUACAUUUAAAAUGUGUGUUGUUAAUAUUCAUUGUAAAAUGUCCUGACUCUUGCUUAUCAUUUUUAUUUUUACACUUUUAUUGGUACUUAUGAAUUAAUUGAUUGUUGCUUCAGCCAUUGCUUACAUAACAUUCAUUAAAGUUAAGUGUGCAAAGUUAA